AUGUGUUUCCUGCCAGAGACGACGGAGAAGCUCAGGACAUUUUACGGAGUCGCGGCAGUCUCUGUCCACACACGAGACACUAGCAUCCCACACGUCCACGUUGUCCACGAUUGCAGCUGGAGCAACGGGAGCUGCCGAUGUGUAUCAUUCUCUGGCUUUGUGCGACGACCAAACCGCUCAUCUGUUUGGACUACAAGCGCAACAGCAUGGGACUUCUUCCAUCUUAUCCAGUAUUUGUAUAGCCACCCCCGAGUAUUGGAAUACUUUAAAGUGGGAGGAGCUGAUUGGGGUCGUGACUGUAGAGCUCAAGUUGUGGGACAAUACGGCCAUUCAGGACACGAGUCCUCAAGAGUUUUGGAGGUUUUGCACUCGCAAUUUGCGUGUCCAGUUGCAUGCAACGACACCAUCGGAAGUUCAUCAGGCUAUUCAAACGGUGAUUCGUUAUGCAAACGAGAGGGGGGGAAAGCAAAGGCCAGAAAAUGUUCAAAGAGAAAAGCGGAAGAACCCCUUUACGAUUGGCUCAGGGAAAACCCCGUAUCGCCGUUGACUAACAUUGUCCGCACACCAAAGUGGCUUGCCGACCCCAACUUUGGGUUUAUCAGGCUCGAUGACAAGCACUUGCAGAGGGCCAUUCAAGUGUUUAACGACGAGAUGUGUAGUUACACCACUCUGGACUUUAUUGAACUGUAUAAAAACACGCAGCCACUGUUUGAUGCUCCACAAGGCGAUUUGAGUGCCUAUUACAUGAAUAUCGAGGAGUCGUUUGACGCCGUGCUGGAACUGCUGAGCUUUCAGUUUGAUGACAACCAGCCCGAAAUUUCCGACUUUGUAAACAACCUCUAUAUGCUCGUGGAAAAACUGGUACCCAAGAAGAAUUGCUUGGAGGAGGUGUCGCCUCCCAGUGCUGGCAAGAACUUUUUGUUUGACGCUGUGCUUUCCUUUUAUAUUAACAGAGGAACCAUCCGCAACUUUAACCGCUAUUCCAACUGUCCUCUACAAGACACUGUAGGGCGUCGCAUACUGGUGUGGAACGAGCCAAACUGCGAGUCGUCUGCCUUUGACACGGUCAAGAAAAUCUUUGGCGGAGACGUGGACUCUGUGGCUGUCAAGUACUCUCCCGACCAGACCAUUUCGAGAACGCCCGUCAUUGUGCUGUCGAACAACGAGGUGUUUCCGGACGACGAUGCCUUUAAUCACCGCAUACGAAGGGAAGGCGAUCGCACCGCCGGACCGAAGAGCGCAUACCAGCGCUUCAUCGCUACCUCGAGACUCCCUCAGCUACCGAGGGACACGUUCCGUAUCAUCGUGAGACCCCGAGACGAUCUCAACGUGGCCAAAUCCACACCAGUGCAGGUUGAGCAAGCCCUGGCGAUGGCGGCAGCCCUGGCUCCUCAAGACAUCACGGAAGACUCCAUCUGCCCCAACAGACGACGCCGCAGACGCAACCGACGCGGCCGCAGCCGCUCCCGAGGACCGAGCGGCGCCAUUCACCGCGACUCGAGUGCCACCUCGGGAAUUUCCGUAGCGACCACAAGGAAUCGCUCGGUCACGCCGACACCUGAGCGCCGCAGCGCCCUCCGCAGCAGCCGCUCCCGCUCCAGGGGACGACGCAACAGCCGCUUCCGCUCCAGGGGGCGCCCUACAUCCGGCCACACCGAACUGACGUGGGCCGACCGAGUACAAGGAAAACAACACCAGCAACAGCAACGGGACGCCUCAUCUACUAAACAGAGAUCCUGGGUGCGCUACUGGAGGCGUUACACAACCUUAACAGCAGGUCGGCCUCAGGACCCGACGGGGUAA